AUGGCCGACAAUGGGAACCCAGGUUCGACCACCGUUCCGAGCUGGAAGAACUUCAACGGACAGUUCCUCGGGUACAGCAUAGUCUGCGGAAUACUCGCCGUCUUCUUUCUGCUAUACUUUAAUAGAGUAUUUGCCUCCGUUCUGUCCUACCUGCUUCGAACCUACACCUGGCACCGCUAUCGUAUAUACAUCGACGUCCAGGCCUUCCAGGUCUCGUUACUCGGGGGCCGUGUAUUCUUCACUGGCCUGCGCUACCAUGGAAAUAACGAAACAAUACUGAUACAAAACGGACAUAUCACCUGGUCAUAUUGGCUUCGAAGGGUUCGUGAUGUCGGUAUUCGAGCUUCCAAGAAGAACGGGAAGACCGCCGAUGGUGCCAGUGCCUCGGAAACCGACGACAAGCACGCAAAGCUGCCUUGUCGUAUCAAUGUUGCCGUAUCGGGGGUGGAAUGGUUCGUCUACAAUCGUAGUGCCGCCUACGACUCCAUGCUCGACGCCAUGACGGAUCACUUGCAUUUCGACAAUGACACCGACGGUGGUAAUGAGGAACUUGAUGCGUCGGAUUGGACUAGAGGUCAAGCGCAUGAUUCGCCGAAGCUGCGACAACGACUACGCAAGUCUACCGAAAAGCAUUCAGACGAGACCAACCCUCCUGGCGGGGAUUCUGACGAGGAGAAGGAUGGUAUUAGAGGCCGGCAGCUCGACGUGUCUAGCAGCGCAUCCGACACUAUUAGCCGGGACGACAAAGGAGAUGACGAAGAGCUUCCCCUGAUGCUACAGCUAUUUCCAGUCCAUCUGGAGUGUGACAAGGCGGCUCUGGUUAUGGGAAAUGAUACCACCCGAUCCCUCCUCAUCGUCAAGACCAAGUCUUUGGAAGGAAGUAUUGAUGCGUUCAACUGUCAAACCUUUGAUCCGUAUCGGCAGGUCUUCAAGAUCAAGUUUGUCAAUCCGGUGAUGGAAAUGAGGGAGCAUGAAGGCUAUAAAGAAGACCAACUCACCAGAGCCGUUCGAGAUAAGCAAACGGCACUGGAUUCGGACCCCGUCCAGUAUCGCUCCUUUUUCAGAAGACAUCGACGCAAGGUACUCGGCCAGUUGAGGAACCUGGUGCCGUAUUGGAGGAGCUCUGUCGAAUCUUUCUCGGUUGGCUCUAGGGCUGGCACGGCAACGGCUGACACUCAUAUUCCCGGUUCCAGUCAAUGGCAAGGACUGUCUCGGUAUCUGAACGACGACGAUGAUGACGACAAGCUGAGAUGGUCGUCAGUCGAAUAUGCCGCUCUGAAUACUGUGGUUGACAGUCCGGAAGCGACCUUGACGAUACUAUGGGAUGUUCCUGGUAAGGUUCUCGAGAACAAGGAGCUACAAUCUUCUCUGAAGGACCUGCCACACUCAGUCGAUAUAAAUGGCGCUUUACCCCCAGCCUGGGCAAUUAGCCUGUCCCUGAAAGGUGGAACAAUCAACUAUGGGCCUUGGGCAGACAGGCAGCGAGCUGAGUUGCAGAGAGUCUUCUUCCCAAAUCUGUGUAAGGAUGCAACCACCACCCCGAAACUGGCCGUCGGGUCAGACCGCGUGCCUACGCGAUUCAAUUUCUACCUCGAAAUGGAUGAAGAGGUGAUACUGAGAGUCCCUACGCGAGAAGAUUCUAAGAAUUGGAGAUGGAAGAAAGAGGCUCUCACGUUGAGGCAGCAUCGAAAACAAGAUCGUCGACGAGAUCGAGGUCGCAACAAGAAGUCUGCCGCUACUACGGCUGCGGAACAGCGUCCCUAUGGAUGGCUCGAUGUCAAAGUCGGACCAAAUGCCACGGUUUCGUACACUAUGGACAUGGUUGCUAGAACGAAUGGUUAUCAUAAUGCACUGAAAAUCGAUCUUCCCUCGACGGAAGUCUCGACUAGUAUUAACCAUGGACUACUUUGGAGGUCUGGCGCUCAACAUAUCUCCUGCGACCUAUCUGCCCCUUUGAAGUGGAACGGCCUUCGCACCUGGCGCUUUGAUAUCGACAGUGAUGAAAUGGAGGUAUUCAUCCUGCGAGAUCAUAUCUUCUUGCUGAUAGAUCUCAUAGACGAUUGGGGGAGUGGCCCUCCACCUGAAUACCUACUCUUCACCCCCUUCAAAUACCUACUCAAUUUGCAGCUUCGCAACCUCAAGCUUAAUCUGAACGUCAACGAUGUCAAUAUUGUCAACGACCCGACAAAUUCUGAUGACAAUACCUACCUCGUUUUGACUAGUCCUUGCUUGGCGGUAGACACUUCCAUCUUGCUGGACACGUAUCGACCGUCAAAGAACGCCGUACCAUUCGAGAUCACGGCCGAGUCUCUUCGCCUCGGUCUGCACACCCCUCCAUGGAACACCCAAGCGACGUUUCUAGCUUCUCAAGAGAUAGGACAUUUGGAGAACCUGGCCGUCGAUGGAAAAUAUCACUACAACUCGACCACCUCCCCUGCGAACACCGACACUCUUGUCCUGAACGUUAGUGGCCAGUCCCUUACAUUCUAUCUCUAUGGGUUCUUAGUCCGUUACUUCCUCCAGAUGAAGGAUAACUAUUUCGGGGACCAUAUCCACUUCAAGACUCUCGACGAAUAUCAAGAGACGCUCCGGCUCAAAGCCCAAGAUCCAGAUGCCGAAUCGGCAAACCGCCCUCCUCCGAAGAAGUCGAAUGACUUGGACGUCAUGUUAAGCAUCUGUGCAGACGAUCCAAAGAUUCUCUUGCCUACUAACCUGUAUUCGGCGAAACGGCAUAUUACAAUCGAAGCUGCGUCUCUGUCUGUUGAUCUUCGAUUCACAAACUACUAUAUGGAUCUCGACUUAUGCCUGAGUCCUCUGAGUUUCUCCAUCGGAGAUGAGGAAGAAGGACCCAUGAGCCCAGCGGCUGCUACAUCAAGCACACAGUUGUUUGUUGAUGGCCUUGCCAUAUAUGGGCAUCGACUAUUUGGCUUACCUCCAACCGAGCCAACAUACCUUUGUAACUGGGACUUGAAUGUCGGAUCUAUAAGUGGAGAGUGUUCAACCGAAUUCUUGUCGGCUCUGGCGCGAGGAGGCAAGGCAUUCGGCUUUACACUCGAUGACGAUGAGAAUGCAUUGAUCCCAUACUCGUCUGUUAUCAUGUACGACGUAACGUUUCUACGCGUGCGUAUUGAAUCGAUACAGCUAUGGUUGCAUGCUGAUGAGGCUGCCUUCCUCUUUUCUACAGGUCCCAUUGAUGUCAACUUCAAUGAUUGGGCGAGGACGCACUACUCUAGGCGAGCCGAUAUCAAAAUUCCUCAUGUCGAGCUUGCUUGUGUCAACUCAGAAUCAGCGACAAGGCAUAAAUCCAGACUCCAUUCCAAAGUGGAAACUGAUGUGUUCCUGCGAACCAGCUUUCACUUUGCUCUGAUUGGAAGGAAAUAUGACUUCUCACAAGAGAGGAAAUUACAGCAGGAGCUGGUGCGUCGUCACGAUCAACGAACGCAUCGAACUGAAUUUCUACUCAUACCGGGCGUGCUUGAGGACGCCAUACCUGAUCAUGUGGACGCUGUGGCACAAAGUGUCCCCAGGGUCCCUUUACCUGCUUCCUCUGGUAACAUUUCUGACAAGAGGUCAACCUCAUCGAGGAGUACUUCGCAGCGUUCUAAGAGACUUCAUCAUAAAAGUUCCUUCCUCUCACUUUCGAAUUCAAGCUACGGGAGCAUCUUACGGCCCGGCUCAGUCAGGGGGUCUACACUUGCACCUGUCCACGGUCGCAGCAUGUCAGGUGCCGCCGCAGCAAACGAAAGCGACGAGUUACGUCCUAGCAUGCGCUCUCGUGAAUAUUCUGCAUCCACUGGCCGUCAAUCUGCUUUCUUUGGCACUCAAGAAGAGUCGGGCCAGAGGAAGGAUCUUCUUCACAAUACCGUAUCAUUCUCCAGUCAAUAUUUCGCCCCGUAUUUCCCAUUGGAGAACGUCCGGCCGGACACCCAAGAAGCUGCAGUUCGAAGCAUUGAAACCGAUGAAAAUGAUGGCUUAUUUGAGACUACCGAGUUCGGCCUGGAAGAUAUCGACCCCGACCAAUUAAGCCAGGACUGUGCUCACCAGAGUCUUCUCUUCGAAUUCCCUACGGGCAUCACGGCCUUUUUGAAUGCUACGUCGCUAAGAAGUAUAGCUGCUUUAGUCCAAGCCUUCCAGCCAACCGAAGCUGAUGACAUCCUUGAUACUCUUCAGAUCGGGGCGAUAACCGACAUAUUCGACAUGCAAAAACAGGAGAAAGCUAGUGGAGCUAUUACAGACUUUGUUGUUCGAUUACCCCAUGCAAACCUACGGUUUCUGAACUCAUCCGACCUCGAUGCAACUGACCUGGCACAAGGGCAACAGGACCAGUAUGAUGUUUCUCUGAAGGCAUUGGCGCUCGCAACACGGUCAGAGAAGCGCACCAAUACAUAUACUGCCGACUCUGCUACCAACGAGUCUCGCUUAUCAUUCCAUUUCCGAGUUGCCUCCGUGGAUGUAUCUGCUGCUGAGAGACUCGCAAAGCUGGAUGAGACUCAUGCGGCGGUAUUGACAAGGAUUGAGCGCGUUAUGGUUUCGAUGGGCUCGAAAGACGUGAAUUACGUGGACGCUGAUGUCGGUGCGAUACGUACCAAGUCUUCUUCAAGCAGGAUUGAAUAUCUUGCUGCACUCAUCCACAGAACAAACGUGCUGGUUUCUGAAAUGGAUAAGCUUUUUUCUGGCUCCUUCUCAGUCGCCGAUGAGCGCUUGAAGGAAUUCACUUACCGCGUCAUUACUGAGGGACAGCGAGCGAGCGAUCCGUCAUUCGUCGUCCGCCCUUCUGCUGUUCUGCGGGCGGCAACCCGGCACUUGAGGUCCUACGACUCCUGGAAGCUCAUCGCUAGACUACGCUACAUGUGGACUACGUUGGACCCCAUUACGAAGUCAAAUCUGAUGAAGGGCUGUGUUGGCGUACAGGAUGUAUAUCCAACGGACGUGAGACAACAAGUCAUGGCAGCGUUUGACCGAUGGAGGAGCUGGGACCUAGAAGACGUUGGCCACGCCGUGCUUAUGAAUAACAUAUUUGGCGAGCCGUCUGAGUCGGCAUCCAAGGUGAACAAAACCCCAACAAUGGCUGUGAUCAGAGUACAGGAGACACAAUUCGUGCUUGACCCGGGUCCGAAGCAGAACCAGGUCAUCAUCACAGACUUCACCGCAAGAGUUGAGGAAAGGCAUGGCGCUCACGAUGGCGGUCAGGAGGCAUCGACUGACGUUGGAGAGCCACUAACUCUUGUCAAUAUAUAUUGCAGCAGGGGUGGCAUCCAUUCGAAUUGGGAUCUUUGCGAGCUCGUGGACGACAUCUUGCGACUGUAUAAGAAGGCGGAGUCGCAGACACCGAAGGGAUAUCACCCUCCAAAGCAGCAUACCCCCUCCAAGCACCAUCAGUCACGGCCAGUCCAUCUCGCAUUCGUGCUAGGACAAGGUGUCAUUUCUCUUGACACCAUCAAUCUGAGUGCUGAAUCCAAAUGCGACAACCUCAAGCUCUCACUACUCAGGACCAGUGGGGAUCAGACUGUUACGGACACGAACAUCAUACUCGGGUGUGAUUCAGUCACUACAAGGGUUUGGAGCCACUCGCAGGCUUUGGCAACCAUCCGACUCAGGGGAGCAAGCGUGUUUGUGGCCCAUGAGCUACAAUACAAGGACAAGUCCUCGAUCCAAACCAUUAGGUCGGCAGCCAGCAGUGAGGACAUCAAACUCGCUGUCAAACAAGACCCAGUUGUGCUCGCAGAGGUCGUGGACCUGCUAGUGAAGGAUGAGCUCGCGCAACUUUAUGAACUACAGCAAAGGCUUCCGUCGUCGCUACCUGAACCUGAGAAGCAACAAGCAGCUGCAAAGCUUUCGUCUUUCCGUGUCAACCUAGCGUUGUUCCUUGGCUCCUAUACUAUCACAUUGCCUCUAUUGCGAUCUCUCACCUAUACUAUCUCUGGUUCUGUGGCACGCGCAACUACGGCUGCAACAUUUGGUAAGGAAAUCGUGUUCGACUUUGACAUCAAGGAAAACUCGCACGACAUGCAAUUCCGAAUCAACAACACACCUCGAAGCAUAUCUCUGCUCCAAAUACCCCCGGCGAAUGGCCGAGUAACAAGUCGGAUGGCCCCAGGAGAGCAUUCCAUUACCGUAUUCGCGUCCCUCGAACUUGUACAGCUCGACGCCUCAGCUGUGUACAGUCUGCGUGCAGCCCUGAACCGGCCCGAGAUUUUGAACGCCAUCAACGAUCUCCAGCAGCAGGGCAAGAUCAUACAAGAGCACGUCAACGAGAUCUUCGGUUCUCCGAAUAAGGUCAAACCAGCGUCACCAAAGCAAGGCGACUCAAAGUUGACGUAUGACAUACAUACCACUCUUGCUGGUGUCAAAAUAUUCGGUAACGCGCCCAUAAAAUCAGAUACUGAACCUAUCGCACACUUGUCUUUCUGCUUGGAUCGUGUGCAUCUAGGAAUCGCAAACAAGGUCCAUGGCAUGCCGACGUUAGACAAUCCAGAAAUACAUGUCAGUUUGCGCGAGAUCAAAUUCGAUAUCGAGAAAGGUUCCACAGAAGCAAUGCGGUCGUGCGGCAGCCUCGCCUUCGGGGCCCUGAUCACUGCAACGACUCGAGAAUCGGAAGACGGUACCGAGCUGAGAUCCUUCGACUUCAAGUCGGAUGGAUUCGAGGCGAACCUCUCGUCCGAUACCGUUUCUACCUUCGUAGACGUUCUCGGCUACAUGGGAGACAAGAUCAAUGACCUCGACACAUCGCGGGAGCUUGAAUAUCUGCGGAAGCUGAGACAGACUAAACCCCGAAUCGCCAUUAAUGAUGAAGAGCAGGAGACCGAGAGUGACAUUUUUGACUCCUUUUUGGCUUCGAUCUUGUAUUCCGUCGAGAUUCGCAAUAUCCAGCUCAGCUGGCUUGUUUCACGCAAUCCAGACGUAGCUCUGACGGGCCAGGAGGACCUUGUGCUAUCAUUCCGCAGGAUCGAAUUCGCUACCAGGAAGAAGAAUUGCGCGAGGUUGACUAUUGAAGACUUGCAAGUACAAAUGGUUCCACCACAUCAGCAGAAGGCUAAUCGCUCAGCAAACUCGGCGCUUCUGCCUGAAAUGAUCUUCAAUAUCGCAUUCGUUUCUACUGCCGAAGCCCGUCGACUCGCUUUCCAGGCGGUGGGAAAGUCUCUAGAUCUUCGACUAACAUCCGCUUUCAUUGUUCCGGCCGCACAUCUCCAAGACUCAAUCUCUCUGUCUAUCCAAAAUGUCCAGCGUGCCUCCGAACACUGGACUCCGAUAGUACCGCCAGAGAACAAAGCAGAAGUGUCGACCAACGAGGCACCCAAACCUAGGCGCUCCUUGUUCGGGAAACGACGAGUCGAAUCCCUGUUGGUUGAUGCUGAUUUUGCCGGUGCCGUAGUUCACCUGUCAGGAAAGAAGCCUGCUGACGAGGCAACGGAAAAAAUUGGACGUAGAGCCAAUCGUCAUACGCUAGCUGGGAAGUAUGGCCAGUUCAGCUCAGACGAGGCUGCCAGCAGCACAAUCCUCCGUACCCCGGGCCUGGCCUGGAAGACAGAGUACAGAGAUGACGGCAAAGAAGACCCGAAUCUGUACGGGGAAAUCAAGAUCGAGCCUUCACGCAAUGUCCUCUACCCGGCUGUUGUACCUCUGAUUAUGGAUGUCACGUCGAGCAUCAAAGAAGUCGUUGGCAAGAAUGUCCCCGAGACGCCCGCCACGCCAAGUGAGCAUUCUGGCAAGCCGAAGCUAGGCGACGAGGACAACAUCCUCACGGCCGACCCAAGUGCGAUCAUGGGGCGUAUGAACUUGAAUAUUGGUUUACGCAUCUGCCAGCAAGAGUUCACCCUGAGUUGCCAGCCUAUAGGCCGUGUUGCGGCUACGGCCCGGUUCGACGAUAUCUAUCUCACAAUGAGCACCGUGAACUCCACGGAACACGGCAAUUUCUUCGCAAUUUCUGGCACUUUCAGCAAGAUCCAUGCGGCUGUUCAGCACGUCUACUCACGAGAAUCUACGGGCAGUUUCGACAUCGAUUCUAUGGUACUCUCGCUCAUGAACAGUAAGCACGUUAGUGAAACAAGCGGUUUGUCUGCUAUACUCAAAGUCAGCCCUAUGAAAGUCACGAUCAACGCCAAGCAGCUGCAAGACUUCUUGCUCUUCCGAGAGAUUUGGAUUCCAAGAGAAAUUCGACAAGGGUCAACAGCACCAGUGACAACAAACGUCGGCGAGCCAAACAUACAGGGCCAUCUGGUACAAAGAUACCAACAGGUUGCAGCUACAGCGGCCUUCCCUUGGACGGCCACAAUCUCGAUUAGUGCACUGGAUGUCGCCCUUGAUCUCGGGCAGUCGCUUGGCAAGUCCCAAUUCGCUAUCAAAGAGUUCUGGGUGUCUUCGAAGAAAACCUCGGACUGGGAGCAAAACCUGUGUCUAGGAUUUGAAAGCAUCGGCGUGGACUGCACCGGUCGCAUGAGUGGUUUUGUUGCCCUGCAAGACUUCAAACUGCGCACGUCCAUAGAAUGGCCCGACCGACAUCGAGCCCUAAAUGAGACACCGAGGAUUCAGGCAUCUUUCGGCUUCAGUCAGCUCAAAUUGAAGGCUGCGUUCGACUACCAGGCCUUCCUGAUAGCAGAUAUCACGUCGCUGCAGCUCCUCAUGUGGAAUGUACGCCAACACAGAGGCGCUUCUGGCGACCGACUUGUGGCCGUCUUCGACGGAGAAGCCGUCCAGGUCUUUGGGACGACUGCAUCUGCCGCCCAGGGUGUUGCACUGUGGCAAGCUAUCCAGAAGCUCAUACAGGAGAGGAAAGCUAGCUACGAGACUUCGCUGCGAGACAUUGAAAAGUUCAUGAAACGGAAGUCUGCGGCGAACCAAGGGCCUGUCCAAGAGGUCAAUCCUCGCAGGCCUAAGACCGAGGAGACUGUGACAAAAUCUCCGAUAUCUCUGGACACCGAUGUUGUCGUCACACUCAAAGCCCUCAACCUCGGCGUAUUCCCAAGCACGUUCUCUGAUCACCAGGUAUUCAAGUUAGAGGCCCUGAACGCCCAAGCGAGAUUUGCAGCAAGCAUGACAGAUGAUCGCAUCCACAGUAUUCUUGGAUUGACGCUUGGUCAACUGCGAAUAGGUCUGGCUGCCGUUCGAGCAACCGAAGCCCCCAAGGUGCUUAGUGAGAUAUCGGUCGAGAACGUAGUCAAGAGCGCUACGGGGUCACGUGGCGGCACGAUCCUCAAGGUGCCCAAGGUCGAGGCCAUCAUGCAGACAUGGCAGAAACCAGAGUCGCGCAGCAUCCAGUACACGUUCAAGAGCGCCUUCGAGGGCAAGGUGGAGGUGGGGUGGAACUACUCGCGCAUCAGCUACAUCCGCGGCAUGUGGGCCAAGCACUCCAAGGCGCUGGCGCAGAUGACGGGGCGCGAGAUCCCGGCCAUGUCGGCUAUCAAGGUGACGGGGGUACCGGAGCCGGAGCAGGAGGGGCGCCGCGAGGGCGCGCAGCAGCAGAAGAUCACGGCCGAGGUCAACGUGCCCCAGUCCAAGUACGAGUACGAGGCCCUCGAGCCGCCCGUCAUCGAGACGCCGCAGCUGCGCGACAUGGGCGAGGCCACGCCGCCGCUCGAGUGGAUCGGCCUGCACCGCGAGCGCCUGCCCAACCUCACGCACCAGAUCGUCAUCGUGGCGCUGCUGGAGCUGGCCGGGGAGGUCGAGGAUGCUUAUGCGAAGAUCUUGGGCUCUUCGUGA